AUGCUAACCACCAACUCGCAAUCGACUCCAAGCGACCCUCCUCCGGUCACCACCCAGAAUACACAACAUUCUGAAAAUGUCCUCCCCCUUCGGUCCGCAGCCCUGCAAGAACAGCGGACCGUCCUCCCCGCUCCCUUCACAAACACAUCACCCCCACCAAGUCUGAUCACCCAGGGCGCCGAAGCCCUUCUUUACCACACCCAUUUCCUCUCCCCCUCCACGCCCGCGGCGCUGAAGUUCCGUCCCUCAAAGGCCUAUCGUCACCCGACUCUCGACGCGCGACUGACCAAGCAGCGUGUCCUUGCUGAAGCGAGGGUCCUGGUCAAGUUGAGCGCCUUGGGCCCAGGCAGCGGAGUUACCGUGCCCGCCGUGUUGAGCCUAGAAUGGGAUGUGGCAAGGAAAGUCAAAGGCCUGAGCGGCGAGCAGAGGGGCGCCAGGAGCGAUGCCGGCCAGGGCGCAGGCCAGGGCGCAUGGUUACUCAUGGAGUGGAUCGAGGGCAAGAGCGUGAAGGAGCUAUUGAGGGAGUGGGAUGCGUGGUUCAAGAGUCUGGAUCACGACGCACCGGGCGUGCGGGAAGACAUUGCCACGCAAGAGGAGGAGGUGAAGAAGCUGCUACGACGGAUCGGACGGGCUGUGGGCGCGAUGCACGCCAAGGGGGGUGUCGUGCAUGGGGAUUUGACGAGCAGUAAUAUCAUGAUUCGACCGUUUGCCGAGGGCCACCAGCAGAAUGGACUCACCAACGGCAAGCACGCGAAAGGAGAGGAGGCAGAUGCAGAGCCGACGCCAGAACCGCCGGACCUGGCGGGCAAAAUUGUGCUCAUCGACUUUGGGUUGGCCACACAGUCCGUGCAAGACGAAGACCGAGCCGUGGAUCUGUAUGUUCUGGAACGAGCGUUUGGGUCCACACAUCCCCGACAGGAAGGGUGGUUUGAUGCUGAAGUGCUACAAGGCCAGGAGGGGUAUCGGGGCAGUUUCAAGGGGAGCAAUGUUGUGCUGAAGAGGCUGGACGAGGUCAGAUUGAGAGGGAGAAAGAGAAGUAUGGUUGGAUGA